AUGGAUGUGAAAAUGGGCCAAUGGGCAGGCAUGCGUGCCCCUCUCCUCCACCAGGCCCUGUUGCUGCUGCUACUGUUCCUUCAGCUGCCAUCCUGCCAUGGACAAGAGGCUCAAGGGCCACCUAAAGAUGGACUCCACUUCAGCUUUACACAGGCUGUCUACCAUGCCACUGUCUAUGAAAACUCAGCGGCACGUACCUAUGCCAACAGUAAAGUUAAAAUGGGUAUUCACCUAGCCCAGCGCUCCUGGGAGAUCCGUUACAGAAUCACCUCGGGAGAUGAUGAGGGCUUCUUCAAGGCUGAAGAGUACAUGCUGGGCGACUUCUGCUUCCUUCGCAUAAGGACUAAAGGAGGCAAUGCAGCCAUCCUGAAUCGUGAGAUUCAGGAUAAUUAUGUCUUGACAGUGAAAGCCUCCGUCAAGGGUGAGGCCAACCUGGAGACCUGGACCAAAGUCAGCAUCCAGGUCUUGGAUAUGAAUGACCUCCGACCCUUGUUCUCACCCACCACCUACUCUGUCACCAUUGCAGAGAGCACCCCUCUCAGGACUAGUAUAGCACAAGUUACUGCCACUGAUGCUGACAUAGGCUCCAAUGGGGAGUUUUACUACUUCUUCAAGGAGAAAAUGGAGCUGUUUGCAGUACAUCCAACUAGUGGAGUAGUUUCCCUUAGCGGGAAGCUCAAUAUUGAUGAGCAGAUUCGUUAUGACCUGGAAAUCCUGGCAGUGGACCGUGGGAUGAAGCUGUAUGGCAAUAAUGGGGUCAGCAGCACAGCCAAGCUCUUUGUCCAUGUUGAACGUGUAAACGAGCAUGUUCCGGUCAUGAGUGUGGUCUCCCACAUCCCUUCCUGGUUGGAUAAAGAUCCUGUGUAUGCUGUGGUCACUGUGGAGGACCUGGAUGAAGGAUUAAAUGGAGAAAUUGACACUGUGGCCAUUGUGGCUGGAGACCCUUCAGAGCAGUUUUUCUUAGAAAGAUCUGAGGGAGAUGAGUUUGCAAUAAAGGCCUCCGAGUCUGUCAGCUGGGAGAAUUACCCCUAUGGCUAUAACCUCACUCUCCAGGCAAAAGACAGGGGCACUCCACAGAAGUUCUCAGCAGUAAAAGUUAUCCACCUCAUGGUUAAGAAACCACAGACAGUAGAAGUUAAAUUUGAGCAGGAAUCAUAUGAAAUUAGCAUAAAUGAAAUUUCACCCCCGGGCACAAUUGUAGGUGCAGUUAAAAUUAGACCAGAGCCUGAUGAUGCAGAGUAUAUCCUGACUCCCUCAGCAGAUUCUGCCUACUUCCAGAUGAACACUUUGACAGGAGUGAUAUCCACUGCCCGCUGGUUUACCCUAGCAUCCCAACAGGUCCUUAAUCUUGAGGUGUUGGAGGUAGAUAGUGAACUUAGGGUUAAAGUACAGAUUACCAUUGAGGAUGCCAAUGACAACAUCCCAACAUUUGCUCAGUCGUUCUAUGAUGUUUUUGUCAAUGAGAGCAUACCAGUUGGCACCAGUGUGCUAACAGUGUCUGCAGCAGAUGAGGAUAGUGGGGAAAAUGGAUACAUAACUUAUAGCAUUUCAAGCCUGCAGCCCUUACCUUUCAAAAUCAAUCAGUUUUCUGGUAUCAUUAGCACUACUAAAGAGUUAGACUUUGAGUCAUCAUCAGAGAGCUUCAUGUUUGUGGUCAGGGCAUCAGACUGGGGGUCACCUUACAGGCGAGAGAGUGAAGUCAAUGUAACAAUCCACAUUGAGAAUGUGAACGAUAACAAGCCCUUGUUUGAAAAGGUAGCAUGCCAGGGAGUGGUCUCUAGGGAUUUCCCAGUGGAUGGUGUUAUCACUACAAUGUCUGCCAUUGACAUAGAUGAGUUAGAGCUUGUUAAGUACAAGAUACUUUCAGGGAAUGACUGGGGAUUCUUUGACCUAAACCCAGAUUCAGGGGUGCUUACACUACUGCGAUCCCUUGCCAAUGCUAAUCCAAAGAAUGGAGUCUUUAGUCUCAAAAUAACAGCGACAGAUGGUGAGAACUUUUCGGAUCCUAUGUUUGUUAACAUCUCAAUAGUAAAUGGGAAAUCUCCCCACAAAAGUUUCAAUUGCAAAGAAACAAGAGUAGCCCAAAAGUUGGCAGAAAAGUUGCUUAAGAAGUCGAAAGCUAACACAAAGCCUAAAAUUGAGGGAGGUUUUAUUGACCUUUUCUCUGUCAAUCGCCAAACCCCUCAGUUUGACAAAGCCUUCCCCACAGAUAUAGCAGUACAAGAGGACCUAAAGGUUGGUUCCAGUGUCUUCAAGGUGAAUGCCUAUGAUGGCGACACAGGUUUCAAUGGUCAGAUCCUGUACUCUAUUUCUGAUGGAAACACAGACAGCUGUUUUACUAUUGACAUGGCAACAGGCCUUAUUAGUGUCUUUUUGCCCAUGGAUAGAGAGAAGAGAGAUCGCUACCUCCUCAACAUUACGAUCUAUGAUCUUGGCCUGCCACAAAAAACUGCCUGGCGUUUGCUUACAAUCUACAUUGAGGACAGCAAUGAUAAUACACCCCAGUUUCUACAAGAAGGAGGCUACAGAACUGUCAUCCCAGAAAACACCCCUAUAGGGACAGAUGUUAUCCAGGUAGAGGCCAUUGACAAAGACCUUGGGCCUAACGGGGAGAUUGUCUACUCUGUUUUGACCAGCAACACUCAGUUUGGGAUCAAUACCACUAAUGGUAUAGUGUAUGUUGCUGGUCAGCUAGACAGGGAGUUUAUCUCCACUUUCAACCUGAAGAUUGAAGCUCGAGACAAAGCAGAGAAAGGUAACCAGAGGUUUACUGUAACCUCACUGAAGAUCAUGUUGGAGGAUGUCAACGAUUGUCCCCCAGUAUUCAUUCCAAGUGUCUAUACUGCCCGCGCCCUGGAGGAUCUUCCAGUAGGAACUGUUGUGGCCUGGUUAGAAACCCAGGACCCAGAUCUGGGCUUGGGAGGCCAAGUCCGUUAUUCGCUUGUCAAUGACUACAAUGGGAUGUUUGAUGUUGAUAAGGCCAGUGGGGCCAUAAGGCUAACUAAGGAGUUAGACUAUGAGACCCAGCAGUUCUACAACCUCACUGUUAGAGCUAAGGAUAAAGGGAGACCGGUCUCGCUUCUCUCGGUCACCUUUGUGGAGCUGGAGGUAGUGGACGUGAAUGAAAACCUCUACACUCCCUACUUCUCUCAAUUUGCCUUGACUGGAUCAGUGAAAGAGAAUGCACGCAUUGGAACCACUGUACUCCAAGUUACCGCCCGGGAUGAUGACGAUGGCAGGGAUGGAGAAAUCCAGUACUCUAUUCGUGACGGCAGUGGGCUUGGCCGAUUUGCUAUCAAUGAAGAGACUGGGCUCAUCUACACCACAGACUCACUGGACCGUGAGACCAAGGACUCUUAUUGGCUGACAGUCUACGCCAGCGACCACGGGGUGGUUCCUCAGUACACCGCCAUCGAGGUCUACAUCCAGGUGGAGGAUGUCAAUGACAAUGCCCCGCUGACCUCGGAGCCACUGUAUCGGCCAACCGUGCUGGAGAACUCGCCACGGGACGUUUCAGUCAUCCAGAUCCAGGCCCAGGACCCGGACGCCCCUACAGCAGGGGCCGACAGACUCAGCUACAGAAUCGUCAGCGGCAACCCGCAGAACUUCUUCACCAUCAACCCUCGCAAUGGUCUUAUCACCACCACCUCCAGGAGACUUGACCGCGAGCAGCAGGCUGAGCACGUCUUGGAGGUGACAGUGACAGAUGGCGGGCCGAGCCCCAAGCAGAGCACUGUGUGGGUGAUGGUGCAGGUCCUGGAUGAGAACGAUAACAAGCCUACAUUUCCUGAGAAGGUCUACCAGAUCAAACUGCCUGAGCGGGAACGCAGGAAAAAAGGAGAGCCCAUCUAUCGGGUGUUUGCCUACGACCGCGACGAGGGGCCCAACGCUGACCUCUCCUACAGCAUUAUCGAUGGCAAUGAGGAUGGCAAAUUUUUCAUCGACCCCAAGACAGCAGUGGUGUCAUCCCGCAAGGCCUUCACCGCAGGGAGCUAUGACAUCCUGACUGUCAAAGCCACUGACAACGGCCGUCCUCAGAAGUCGUCCACGGCGCGUCUGCACAUUGAGUGGAUCCGUCGUCCUCCUCCCUCAUCUCUACCCCUCCUGUUUGACGAGCCUUUUUACAACUUCACCGUUAUGGAGAAUGACAAAGUGGCUGAGAUUGUGGGUGUGGUCUCCAUGCAACAGAGCUCCGCCCCUUUGUGGUUUGACAUUACAGGUCCCAGGCCUUUCCGUGAGAUGUUCUAUAUCCUACAGAACGCUUGUGGCAGGAACUGUUCCUCAGAAGCAGGUGGAAAUACAGACAGCCUGUUCGACGUUGAGAAGAGCGUGGGCACCGUCAUCAUCGCCAAGCCCCUGGAUGCGGAGCAGCGCUCCUUCUACAACAUGACCAUCGAGGUGACGGACGGCACCAACGCUGCCUCGACACAGGUCCACAUCAUUGUCCUGGACAAUAAUGACAAUGCUCCAAUCUUCUCCCAGCCGACCUAUGAUGUUACUAUCUCUGAGGAUACACCACCAGACACCGAGGUAGUCCAGGUGCUGGCCUCGGAUGCCGACGAGCACCACCGACUGACUUACUCUCUGCAGAGUGCCAUCGACCCCAACAGCCUGCGCCUCUUCCGCAUUGACCCUACCCUAGGCACCAUCUACACUGCAGAGAGGCUAGACCAUGAGGCCCGUGCAAGGCACAUCCUCACAGUCAUGGUGAAGGACCAAGAAUUUCCAUAUAGAAGGAACCUGGCUCGUGUAUUGGUAGAGGUGGAGGACAUAAAUGACCAUGUACCCAUCUUUACCAGUGCUCUGUACGAGGGCUCUGUCUAUGAGUCAGCUGCAGUAGGUUCAGCCGUGGUCCAAGUCACGGCCCUGGACAAAGACAAAGGCGAAAAUGCAGAGCUUCACUACACCAUUGAAGGAGGGAAUGCAGGAAAUGCUUUCCAGAUUGAGCCACUUUUGGGUAUCAUUUCUGUUGCUCGCAACUUGGACCUGUCCACCAUUGGCCAUUAUGUUCUCACUGUCAGAGUUACUGACAGUGGCUCCCCUCCUCUAUCAACCACCACCAUUGUGCGUAUUGCCGUCACCCUUUCUGAUAAUGCUGGCCCCAAGUUUCCCCAGCCUGAAUACCAAGCCGAAAUUUCAGAGAACGCAGCAGUGGGAACAUCUGUCACCACAGUGACCGCAGUGAGCCAGUCAACAUUGACUUAUGACAUCAGGCAAGGCAACAACGAGCGUACCUUCCGCAUAAACCAGUACAGUGGAGUUGUCAGCAUUCAAAAGCCCCUGGACUAUGAGACUGUGAGAUCUUACACUCUGAAGGUCCAGGCCACCAACAUGGCAGGCAUGGCCUCCAACGCCACCCUGAUGAUCCAAGUAGUGGAUGAGAAUGACAACCCACCAGUGUUUCAACAGCUCUAUUAUCAUGGAAGCAUCAGUGAGGCAGCACCGAUAAACAGUGUGGUUUUGAACUCAGAUGACUCACCACUAGUCAUCAAGGCCACCGAUGCUGACCGUAACCAAAAUGCCCUAUUAGUAUACCAGAUUGUUGAGGACACAGCCAAAAUGUUCUUCACGGUUGACUCUGGGACAGGCUCUAUCAGGACCAUUGCCAAUCUAGACCAUGAGAAAUUCACCAACUUCCACUUUCACGUUCAUGUUAGGGACAAUGGGAAGCCACAGUUGACAGCAGACAGCCCAACAGAGGUCACAAUCCAAGUGAUUGACACCAAUGAUUCACCACCUAGUUUUAGCCAGGACACCUAUGAAACAGUCCUGCUACUCCCCACCUAUGUUGGAGUGGAAGUUCUGCAGGUUUCAGCCACAGACCCUGACAGAAAUGUCCCUACAGAACUCACCUACUCUCUGACUGAUGGAGUCUUGGAGCACUUUGCCAUUGAGUCUGCCUGUGGGAUCAUCACAGUGAAAAAUAACAACUUUUCCAAGGAACGUUUUCGCUUUAAUGUCAAGGUCUCUGAUGGGAAAUUCUCUAGAACAGCUCUAGUCACAGUUCUUGUGCGAGAAGCUCUGGACUCUGGUCUCAGCUUUUCCCAACCUCUCUACUCUUCUUCCAUUGAAGAAAAUGUGACAAAUAUCACCAAAGUGGCUGUAGUUAAUGCAGUGGGGAACCGCCUCAAUGAGCCACUGAAAUACACAUUGUUGAAUGCUGGCACUCGUUUCAAAAUCCGGCCAACAUCUGGUGUAAUUGAAACCACAGGAAUUCCUUUUGACCAUGAAGAACAAGAGUUCUAUGAAUUGGUGGUUGAGGCAAGAAGGGAACAUGACCGUCUGCGUGUUGCCAGAGUCUUGGUGAGAGUCCAAGUAGAGGACAUCAAUGACAAUGCCCCUGUGUUUGUAGGACUUCCCUAUUAUGCAGCAGUCCAGGUUGAGGCUGAACCAGGAUCACAUAUUUUUAGAGUCAUGGCAGUGGACCGCGACAAAGGGAUCAAUGGUGAAGUGUCUUACUACCUCAAGGAUGACCAUGGUCAUUUUGAAAUCAACCGUCAAACUGGCAGUCUCAGUCUUAAGAAGGCCUUUGAGUCUGAUUUGUCAAACAUGGAAUACCAGAUGGUGAUAUAUGCCAGAGAUGGUGGUUACCCACCUCUCUCUUCAACAGUAAAGUUCCCCAUCACUGUUGUUAACAAAGCUAUGCCCGUCUUUGACAAGUCAUUCUAUUCCGUCUCCGUGAAUGAGGAUAUUUCAGUGCAUACACCUAUCCUUGGUAUCAAUGCCACAAGUCCCGAAGGCCAAAGCAUAAUCUAUACCAUUGUUGAUGGGGAUCCGUCUCUUCAGUUUGACAUUGGUUUUGACACUGGGGUCAUUAGUGUUAUCCAUUCUUUGGACUAUGAAGUAGUAUCAUCUUACCACCUGACUGUCAGAGCUACAGAUUACCUGACCGGGGCCCGUGCAGAGGUGGAUGUAGAUGUGAAUGUUCAGGAUGUAAAUGACAAUCCUCCUAUUUUUGAGAAAAUGUCUUACAAGGCAAUUUUGUCAGAAACAGCUAUGAUCGGAACACCAGCACUUCAGGUAAUUGCCGCUGAUAAAGAUUCAGAAAAGAACAACAUUGUCCGCUACCAGAUUUUCUCAGAUACUCAAAACAGUACAGACUACUUCCAUAUUGAUAGUAGCAGUGGAUUAAUCCUGACUGCACGUAUGCUAGACCAUGAGCUAGUCCAGAGCUACUACUUCACGGUCAGGGCUACAGAUAAUGGUUUUCCAUCUCUGAGUAGUGAAGUAUCAGUCAUUGUUGUGGUGAAUGACAUGAAUGACAAUCCACCGGUCUUUAACCAGUUGCUCUAUGAGGCAUAUGUCAGUGAGCUAGCCCCAAGGGAUCACUUUGUUACCUGCAUUCAGGCUUCAGAUGCCGACAGCUCCGAUUUUGACAAGCUGGAGUAUAGUAUCUUGUCAGGUAAUGAGAGAAUGAACUUUGUCAUGGACACAAAAACAGGAAUCAUAACUCUGUCAAGUCAUCGCAAGCAAAGGAUGGAACCUGCCUACAGUUUGAAUGUUUCAGUCUCAGAUGGAGUCUUCACAAGCACAGCACAGGUUCAUGUCAAGGUGCUGGGGGCCAACCUGUACAGCCCAGUGUUUGGACUGAAUACAUAUGAGGCAGAGUUACGGGAGAAUGCUGCUGUGGGAACCAAAGUCAUACAGGUGAAAGCAACAGAUGCAGACCCAGGAGUAUUUGGUCAGAUCACUUACUCUUUUGUUAAUGACAUGGGCAAGGACCAGUUUAGCAUCGAUGUAAAUGGUCAGAUCACCACUGCCGAGAAGAUGGACCGUGAGGACCCAGCAAAUAAGGACAUAGUCUUGACAGUGGCAGCUCAAGACCUGGGUGGACAUACUGCUUACUGUUCAGUACGAAUUACUCUGUUGGAUGAAAAUGACAAUGCCCCUCUUUUUCGUGCUACAGAGUAUCGGGCUUCGGUCAAAUCGGAUGUCGCUAAAGGGUUUUUGGUGACACAGAUUCAGGCUUAUGAUCCUGAUGAUGGUGCCAACGCAAAAGUGACCUAUUCGCUGUACAGUGAGGCACACGUUCCUGUGGUGGACAUUCUGGAGAUAGACCCAGAUAAUGGCUGGAUGGUGACUAAAGGCAGUUUCAGCCACUUGAGGAACUCAGUCUUGUCAUUUUUCGUGAAGGCAGUGGAUGGGGGAGUUCCCAUCAGACACUCUCUUGUAUCUGUUUAUAUCCAUGUUCUAGCUCCAGAUGCUUUAAUUUCCUUUUUCAGCCAACCUCAGUACUCUUUUACCAUGCCAGAGGAUACCCCCAUAGGUGCAGCCAUUGGGACAGUGCGCCUCAAAGGUUCCCCUGAUUAUUCCUUGCAUUCAGUUACCUUUUCCCUGGUUAAUGGAGAGACUCGAGAAAACAAUCAGGAUGGGGUCUUGGUGGUGGAAAAGGAUACAGGCAUCAUCAAGCUGGAUAAACCCUUGGACCACGAGGUUGUUAAAGUCUACAACUUCAAAGUUACUGCCACUGUCCAGCAGGCCAAGCUGGAUUCUGUCUCCACCGUUGAUGUUGAAUUCAAAGUGUUGGAUCUGAAUGACAACAGACCUGUCUUUGAGUCCAGCUCUUACGAGGCCACUGUCAUGGAGGGGAUGCCCAUUGGUACCAGAAUCAUCCAGGUCCAAGCACUGGACCCAGACUCAGGUGCCAAUGGCCAGGUGACAUACAGUCUGGGUACUGCAACCCAUCCAAAGGGGGAAUCGGACAGAUCAGUCGGCACCUUCAGUAUUGACAGCAACACAGGCUGGAUCUCUACACUAAAGGAGCUGGAUCAUGAGACCAACCCAUCUUACACUUUUGCAGUGUUAGCUUCAGACAUCGGAGAGGCCCUUGCUCUUUCUACUACCACAACUGUGACGGUGGUGGUGUCAGACAUGAAUGACAAUCCUCCCAGUUUCUUGGAAGAAACUUACCAUGGUUUGGUGAGGGAGAGUGACCCACCAGGGGAGGUGGUGGCGGUGCUGAACACCAGAGAUAAUGACAGCUCAGCUAUUAACCGCCAAGUCAGUUACUACAUAACAGGUGGGAACCAUCAGGGAGUGUUUGCACUGGGUCUGGUGCAAGGAGAGUGGAAGAUGUAUGUUAAGGGACCCCUGGACCGGGAGAAGGAUGACCUCUAUGUUCUUAACGUCACCGCCAGCGAUGGCCUCUUUGUUACCCAGGCAACGGUAGAAGUGACGGUGACCGACACUAAUGAUAACAGGCCCAUCUGCGGACAGGCACUGUACAAUGCCUUGAUACCAGAGGACAUUUCAGUCAACAGCAUGGUACUGAGGGUUGGAGCUUCAGAUGCUGAUAUCGGGAUCAAUGCCUGGAUCCAGUACACACUACAUGGCCCAGGCUCUCAAGACUUCAGCAUCGACCUGGACACUGGUGAAAUAAAGACAGCAGUGGAUCUGGACCGGGAGAGGACCCCAGUUUAUCGGCUAUACACCAAAGCUACAGACGGUGGCGGCCUGUGGUGCCGCGCCGAGGUGCAGGUGACAUUGACGGACGUGAAUGACAACCCGCCAGUCUUUACACUGCCACACUAUGCAGCCAGCGUUUAUGAGGACACCGCCACCAAAGCCUUGCUCACACGCAUCCAGGCCAUAGACCCUGACGAAGCUGGCCCCAGCCGAAAAGUGGUCUACUCCCUGGCCGACUCUGUGGGAGGUUCCUUCUCCAUCGACAAGUCCUCGGGCAUUGUUGUUCUGGAGCGCGUUCUUGAUCGUGAGGUCCAGCCAACAUAUCAAAUCAUUGUGAGAGCCUCUGACCAGGGUCUGCCGCUGCAUCAGUCCUCGCUGGUCAACGUCACUAUCACUGUGCUGGAUAUCAACGAUAACCCCCCGGUGUUUGAACGCCGCGAUCAGCUAGCAACGGUGCCGGAGGACGUGGGAGUGGGCAUUGAAGUUCUCAGAGUCUAUGCUGCCAGCAAGGACAUAGGGACGAAUGCAGAAAUUACCUACAGCAUCCGCUCAGGCAAUGAGCAUGGGAAGUUUCACAUCCACCCCAUCAUUGGGGCCAUCUUGGUUUCCAAGCCUCUGGACUACGAGAUAUGCAGGGACUACUUCCUAACAGUGGAGGCACGCGAUGGUGGCACCCCACCUCUCAGUGCCAUCACGACAGUGAACAUCAACGUGACAGACGUGAAUGACAACGCACCCAUGUUCAGCCGUGACGUCUAUACUGCUGUGGUGUCUGAGGACGCUGCCAUCGGAGAGUCUGUAGUCAAGCUGACGGCAGAGGACUUGGACAGCCAGGUGAAUGGGGCCAUCCUCUACUCUGUUGUCAGUGGAGACAGAGACAGCCAGUUCUUCAUCAACCCGCUCAGUGGCAUGAUCAAGGUCAACAAGCAACUGGACCGUGAGACGGUUUCAGGCUACUCAUUAACAGUGAGAGCACUGGACAGUGGCACGCCAGCCAUGUCCUCCACAGUGACGGUCAACAUAGAUGUCUCGGACAUCAAUGACAACCCACCUACCUUCUCCCCAGCCAACCUCACCACUGUCAUACAGGAAAACAAGCCCAUCGGCACAAGCAUCCUGCAGCUGUCAGUCAUUGACCAGGACUCCUCCCACAAUGGUCCACCCUUUGACUUCCGCAUCCUGUCGGGGAAUGAAGGGGGAGAAUUCAUACUGGAGAGGGACGGGACGCUGAUGGCCAAUCAGGUUUUCAGGAGGGACCUGGCCUCUGAAUAUGUUAUCCAGAUUCAGGUGAGGGAUUCUGGUAAGCCGCGUCUCUCCUCAUCCUCCACCCUGACGGUGCGUGUGAUCGAGGAGAGUCUCCACCGGCCUGUCGCCCUGCCCCUGGAGGUGCACAUUAUCACCAUGGAGGACGAGUUCCCGGGCGGCGUCAUUGGCCAACUGCACGCCACCGAUUCCGACCCCUAUGAUGUGCUGACCUUCGGCCACGCGCCCCCGGCCCAGCGCAGCCUCUUCAAGAUAAGCCCACGUGAUGGCAAGAUAAUCGCGCUGGGGGGGCUGGAUGCUGGCCACUACUCACUCAACGCCAGUGUGAGCGACGGCCGCUUCGCCAUCCCCGUCCCUGUGAGCGUGCACGUUGAGCAGGCCUCACCAGAAAUGCUGCGCGAGGCGGUGACGGUGCGCUUUGAAAGUGUGGCGCCGCACGACUUCGUGGCCACGCACCUCAAGAGUGUGCUGAAGGUGCUGCAGCAGGCCGCCAUCUCGCAGAAGCAGGACGAGCUGCACGUGCUCAGUCUGCAGCCCGUUGGCGGCACGCAGCAGCUUGAUCUCCUGGUUGCCGUGGAAACAGUGGGGGGAGGGUUCUACAAGGCCGCCUACCUGACCCAGAAACUGAGCGCCUCACGACGGCAGCUGGAGGAGGUGCUGAGAGUUUCAGCUAUCUUGGAUAAGAACUGUUCAGGCCUGGAAUGCCGUGGCGCACAGUGUGAGCAAAGCAUCAUGCUGGACUCCCACAACCUGGCAACCUACAGCACGCCUCGGGUCAGCUUUGUCUCGCCACGCUUCCACAGGACCACACGCUGCACAUGCGUUGAUGGGAGCUGCCCGCCAGCCUCGGAGCUGUGUGACGAGCAGCCCUGUCCGGGAGAUAUGCAGUGUGUGGGCACAGGGGGCACCAGAGGGCGCUAUGUAUGCCAGUGCCCCCCGGGCAAGUUGGGAGAGUGCGCAGGUCACUCAUCCCUGAGUUUCUCAGGAAAUAGCUAUAUCAAGUACAAGGUGUCUGAAGGUGCAAAGUCAGGUGAGCUGAAGCUAGCUCUGAGGAUCAGGACACUACAGAGCCGAGGGAUCAUCAUGUACACACAUGCUGACCCCUGCACUAUACUGAAGCUGGAGGAGGGUAAGCUAUGGUUUCAGCUCGACUGCAUGGGAAUGGAUGGUGGAAGCGACAGCCCGGGGACCCUGGGCAUCUCGGGCCGCCCUAUCAAUGAUGGCAACUGGCACACCGUGGCACUGGAGCUCAAUCGCAACUUCACCAGUCUGGCGCUAGAUGACAGUUACGUGGAGCGCCGCAGGGGGCCCCCACGCUUCCAGCCCCUUGGACCUGAUGGAGCCAUCUACUUUGGUGCACAGGUGCAGCCUCCAAACUCACGCAGCCUGACUGACUCCAAAAGGGGCCCACGGGUGCUGGACGGCUUCCAGGGCUGCCUGGACUCCGUCAUGCUCAACAACAAUGAGCUGCCGCUGCAGAACAAGCGCUCACACUACGCAGAGGUCGUGGGGCUGACGGAGCUGAAGCUGGGCUGUGUCCUCUACCCAGACGCCUGCCUGAAACAGCCCUGCUUAAAUGGAGCCACCUGCGCCAGCCUGCCAUCUGGUGGUUAUGCGUGUACCUGCAGCCCCCAGUACACCGGGGGGCGCUGUGAGGUGGAGAUAACAGCCUGCGUUCCCAACCCCUGUCACAACAGCGGCGUGUGUAAGCCCAUUGGCAACGCCUUCCUCUGCAGCUGUCGGAGGGGCUUCAAGGGACUCACGUGCGAGGAGGAUGUGAACGAGUGUGACCGCAGCAAUCCCGAGGGCGAGUGUGAAAAUGGUGGGGUCUGCGUCAACACACAUGGCUCCUUCUACUGCAAUUGCACAGCAGGCUUUGUGGGCCAGCGCUGUGGUCUUCGGCCCGUAGUGGUACCUGACAUGCAGGCAGGCCAUGCCGUGGUCGGAAAGGAGGAGCUGAUUGGCAUCGCUGUGGUGCUCUUCGUCAUUAUCACCCUCAUCGUCCUUUUCAUUGCCUUCAGGAAGAAGGUCUUCCAGAAAAACUACUCACGGAACAAUCUUUCACUGGUACAGGACCCAGCAACGGCUGCUCUCCUGAACAAGGCCAACGGCGUCCAGUUCAAGACCCUGCGGUGCACGCCAGGGGACCCCUUGAACUUGUACUCUGAGGCUGGGUUGGGGCCCAUGGUGGUUGGUGGGGCUGGCAUGAUGGGGCCACCUCAGGUGCCAGUGAGGCCAAUGGCGUACACACCAUGCUUUCAGGGGGACCCGCGCUCCACCCUGGAGAAGAUGGCAGAUGGGAGAGGCGUGGAGCACACAGAGAUGAGCACCUUUCAUCCGGAAUCGCCCCGAAUCCUGGCGGGAACUACACGGAGAGGGGUGGUGGUGUGCAGCGUGGCUCCCAACCUGCCUCCUGUGUCACCCUGCCGCUCAGAUUGCGACUCCAUACGGAAAAGCCCCUGGGACAAUGACGAUGGAAAAAUGGUGGACAUGGCAGAAGAGGUCACGUGUUUCUCUGGGAGUAACAAAGGCAGCAACUCAGAGGUCCAGUCUCUGAGCUCCUUCCAGUCUGACUCCUGUGAUGACAAUGCCUCCAUAGUGACCGUCAUUCGACUGGUCAAUGAUGCAGUUGACACAAUUGAAAACGAAGUGUCAGUCAUGGACCAAGGUCAAAGCUGCAACAGAGCGUAUCACUGGGACACUUCCGACUGGAUGCCGAGCUCCAGGUUACCAGAUAUUGAGGAGGUCCCAAGCUACGAAGCAGGUCCCGGGGGGGAGGUGUCAGGCUCCGCUGCCCGCCUUGGAGGUAGCACCCGGGAGUUGGAGUCUGACUACUACCUGGGAGGCUACGACAUUGACAGCGACUACCCCCCUCCCCAUGAAGAGGAGUUCCUUAGCCAAGACCAGCUGCCCCCACCGCUGCCCUCCAGUGAGGACUACCACGAGCACUAUGACCCACUGCCCACAGCAAAGCCCACCUCAAAGGAGAGCACCCUGAGCGCCAGCAGUGGUAGCACUGGGCGCCAGCCUGCAAGGCCACAUUUCCACCCCAGUCAGUACCUGCCCCCCCACCAGCUGCCCCUAGGGGAAACGGGGCCCGGCGGGCUUCCAGGGGAAGAACUCAGCACUUUUGUGGGCAGGAUUACGCCAGGAAGCGGGGACACGGAUGACAAUGUGUCGCUGAAUAUGCAACUGUCUGUGGGUGCAUCCUCAGCCUCAGAUGUGUCGGCCCCACCUGGGUUCGAUGAAUCCGAGCAUGGUGGCAGUGACUUUGACAGUAUGGAUGAACUUCAUCGGGGUGUGACUAUAAUCAUUGACUCACAGCAACAGACUGAAGUCUGA